GAAAACUUUCACAACCAUCUCACAUUGUCUUCCUUAAAGAACACUGCAAUCCUUGUGUCUUCAGACCACCAUGUUGCAUAAUGUAGUCCUAUUGGGUGCAGUCACCUUACUUGGUGUUUUGGAACAAGAAUCCACAUUAAGAACUUUCCUACAAAGUUUAGCUGUUUUCCCUUCAGGCCUGUGAAAUGUUUGUCCAGCUUGAUGGAACUACAUCCUGGACUUCUGGUCUCCUUCUUUGCCUACAGGAUAAGCAUGCUCCCUGGACUGUUCUUUUUACUUUCCCUAUACCCUGUUAGUCAGUCAUAUUUUUCCUUGCAGGUGAUUGCAGCCCGGAGGAAGUACAGCAUCUCUCCUCCUUGUACGUCAGGGCCCCCAGAGUUUGAAAGAGUUUUUCGGGCCCAGGUUAACUGCACAGAAUAUUUCCCAAUGUUCCUUGCGGUGCUCUGGCUGUCUGGGAUCUUCUUCCAUCAAGGCACAGCCGCCGCCUGUGGAAUUUUAUAUCUAUUUGCUCGCUAUCGUUACUUUAAUGGUUACAGCAUUUCAUCACAGGGCAGGUUGGCUCCCAUGUAUCUUAAUGCCGGAGUUCUCUGGUUUAUGAUGGCUCUUUCUGCAUUAGGCAUUCUUGAUGUUCUUGCCUCCCAUUAUGUCGGAGUGGACAUUCUGUGAUACUGGGCAGGGCAGUAGAGGCAAAUGGGAAUGAUUAAUGAACAACCUAAAAUUACAUAUUAUAACAACCAUCACUGGAGGCUUUACAUGAAUGAGAUGAGAAGUGUGAAGAAAGGGUAGAUGACUGCUGUGGACUGUGGUGUCCAACCUGUGGUGUUUCGAACUUGGGCUGUCAGGGAAUGCUGUUAGUUGUAGUUCUGCACAAGCUGGCAUGCUGCAGGUUGGAUACCACUGCUGUAGGAAUUCACUGUAAUAUUAUAGUGUCAUAAUCUGACUUCGACAUGAUCAUAACAGGACCGUGUGACCA